GUCAAAGAGCCGCAGCAGCCAAAGCUUCUUCCCUCGUUUUCGCCUCCCGCCGCCCCCGUCCGUUCGCGCCGCCCCCGUUGGAAGCGAAGUAGAAGUCCGAGGAGACCCUCCGGCUCCUCGGCGGCGAUCCCGCCGCGUUCCGGCCGAGGAGGGAGAUCAUGCGGCGGCCGUCGACCGCUCCGCGAGUCUCCGAGGCUCCUUCGCAGCCUCCGCUGACGACGGCGGCGGCGGCGGCUGCUUCGCAGUCGCGUUGCUCGAGGAGGACGGGGGAGCGAGACGACGACCGGCGGGAGCAGCUGCCGACGUGCGAUCCGCUGUCGCACGCGGCAAGGAAGGAGCGGUCGCGCCUCAGGUCGGCGGAGAACGCCGUCCACGCGAUCCCUCUGUUGCUGGCUCUGUGCGCGUUCCUCCUCUGGUUCUUCUCCAGUCCAGGAUCGGAGCUCUAAGAAUCACCGGAAAGCGCGUGUCCUUCGGAUCUUCGCCCUGAGUUCUUCUGUAUUCAUCUUUGUUUCUUGCUGAGGGAUGAAGUUUUCGCUUUCUGAUUCUUUUGGCCAAUGUCGAUACGCGAAAAAUUUCCGUUACUUAUUAUGGACUAACAAUGUAAUGCCCAUCUCUGAUCACAAGGAAUAAAGAGCUGUUCUUCGUUUCUGA